AGAGAGGUUGGGACAGAGAAACAGGCACGUUGAGACGCACACAGGAUCCUUACACGGGAGUGGGGGCAGGGAAGUUAGAGAGAGAGAGAGACUCAAAAAGUGAUACUCCGUGGGUGCCUUAUACUGAAAGAGACUCAGAAAGACCCAGAGGGAAGCAGAAAGAGAGAGAAGGAAGGAUAGAAGAGUUUGAAAACGCGGAGACAGAGGAUGGAAAGAUGAUACGGAAGGCGCAGUGACCAUGGCUACCACAGGACGCCCCUGGAUGUGGACGGUCGGCGCCCUGAUCACAGUUCUGACUCUGAGGGUGACAGAGCCUGUUCUUGCAAAUGACUUUGUCUCCUGCAACAACUCCCCUGGCAUGGGGGCCUCGGGGAGCACCCAGGACUUUGGGGCUGAGGCCAGAGGGGACACCCAGAGGGACGACGACGGCGGCGGCAGCAGCAGCAGCAGCAGCAACAGCAACCGCAUCGUCAACGGGACCGACUGCGAGCAGCACGCCCAGCCGUGGCAGGCCUCCCUGCUGCUGAGGCCCAGCCAGCUGUACUGCGGGGCCGUGCUGGUGCACCCGCAGUGGGUGCUCACCGCUGCCCACUGCCGGAAGAAAGCUGUCAGGAUCCGUCUUGGCCACCACGCCACGUCACCCAUGUAUGAGCACGGGCAGCAGAUGCUUGGAGUGGCCAAAACCAUCCCCCACCCCGGCUACUCCCACCCCGCCCACUCCAAUGACCUCAUGCUCAUCAAACUGAACAGAAGGGUCCAACAGACUCAGUAUGUCAAGCCCAUCAACAUCUCCUCCCACUGUCCACCUGCUGGGACCAGCUGCUUGGUGUCUGGCUGGGGAACAACCAGCAGUCCCCAGGUGAACUUCCCCAAGGUCCUCCAGUGCUUGAACAUCACCGUGCUAAGUCGAGAAAGGUGCAAGGAGUCCUACCCGGGACAGAUAAAUGACACCAUGUUCUGUGCCGGCGAUGAAGCAGGCAGAGACUCCUGCCAGGGUGAUUCCGGGGGUCCCGUGGUCUGCAACACAACCCUACAGGGCAUCGUGUCCUGGGGAGACUUCCCCUGUGGUCAGCCCAACAAACCCGGGGUCUACACCAACCUCUGCCACUUCACCAAGUGGAUCCAGGACACCAUCAGAGCCAACUCAUGAGUCAUCCCAGCACCCGGCGUUCUGGGGCCUCCCACCCCCUGCAAGUCCUCACCUCUGCAGGGACCCGACACUCCUUCCAGAAACCCCCAUUCCUUCCCGAGGAUGUUAGGGAUGGUAAGCUCCAGUCCCUCGAGUUUCCAGGGUCUCCCUGUCCCCGACAGUGGACUGCUCCUAUCUCUCCAGUCAGAUCCUGGGGACAUUUCCCAGAAUGGCCAGAAAUAAAGCGUGCAAGGAGACAUGGCCUCUGUGUGUAGUCUCCUCGCUGCUCACUCCCGGGGUGACUGGGCAGCCCGGAGCGAGUCCCUUCACCCCUCCCUACUCCUGCGCUUGCUCUGCGAGCUUCUUUCCGUGACAAGAAACAGAUUUCCAUUCCAGCUGCUUUUCUUCACAAAUACUGAUGGAGCGUCUGGCUGUUGUGUGCCAGAAAUGUUUCAGAGGCCGGGGACCCUUCCACAGGCCAAACAGAAAAAAAAAAAAAAAAAUCCCUGCCUCUCAGAACUCCCUUAGCAGGCAGAGAAGACAGA